AUGUUGAACGAGACAUUAUUGGUAAGAUUCGUUUGGUCAGAGCUCGCUAAUAUCGCAUUCGCUGCUGAUCCACCUGCAGCACUCCCAGAUCCAUCACCAGCAAUUCAACCACCCCCAUCACCAAACCCAACAACCAAUCCAGUUGCAUUGCCCGCACCGGCAGCAUUUAAUGUCACAAACAUGGCGAUUUAUCUGGCAGUGGAAAAGAACCUCGCGAUUGUCAAUGAGCUCCAGACCAAGAUUUUCAGUCCAGAUGGAUUCUCUUUGAUGAUACCUUACUCGUACUCUUACCAAGCAGCGCUCACUGGACAGAACCAAUCGGUGACUCUCAGAGUCAAUCGACAAAAUGCCAUUUACAACAAUAACUGGAGAAACACCAAGUUGGAUCACUUUUACACAAAUAUCAACAAUAACAGGUUAAUGCAAUAUGAUUAUUAUUUGAACCUUAACGACGAUUACAUGGCACUGCGAUGGAUCCUCAAAGACUCGUCACUAUUGACACCAAGAAUCCACAACAGGAACUGGUGCUGGAUUGAGGAGUUUGGCGACGGCACCUCCAACUUCAACAAGGACAACGCUAUCACUGGUAUUGAUCUCAACCUUGGUGAGCAGAAAUGGGAUUUCAUUGGUUUCCUCAGCGAAAAUACCAACUUGACACAUCACUCAACUGUGGUGUGCAAACGUAAGCUGGUCAUCACACCUAAUGGCCUUGUUUUGGUGUAA